UGAUCAUAAAAAAGUUCUGAUAAUACAUAGAGACAGAGCAUGGAUGUAUAUUGUUGUUAAAAAACGGCUCUGUGAGAGGGCAGGUCUGACCCACAACUGACAUUUCUACUAGCACUGCAUAACUGUUUACAUAGUCUGGAGCCACUUUUUGUACUUUUGUACGCAAUGGCGACUUGUGACGACGUGCGGGAAAAUGUGAAGAAGUACUAUGGCAGUCGACUGGAGUCCUCUGGGGAUUUGCAAACAAGUGCUGCCUCCUGCAGUUUGUCUUGCCGCCCAGUGCCAACAAGUGUCACAGAUGCACUGAGCCAGGUUCACCCGGAGGUAACCAAAAGAUUCUUCGGCUGUGGCCUUCCCUUUCCAGCGAAGCUUGAGGGCUGCAGAGUCCUGGACCUCGGCAGCGGCUCUGGCAGAGACUGUUAUGCCUUCAGUAAACUCGUUGGACAGAGCGGACAUGUCACAGGGAUCGAUAUGACCGAGGAGCUAAUCACAGCGUCUCGUCAGUACAUCGAGUAUCAUCAAAAGAAGUUUGGCUAUGAGAAGCCCAACGUCACAUUUGUCCAGGGGUACAUGGAGAAGCUCAGUGAAGCUGGCAUACAGAGUGACUCAGUGGAUGUUGUGCUAUCCAACUGUGUAAUCUGUUUGUGUCCUGAUAAAAGGGCCGUUCUACAGCAAGCUUACAAUGUCCUAAAGGAGGGAGGUGAACUGUAUUUCAGUGAUAUGUACGCCAGCAAAGUUGUUCCUGAUCACAUGAAGGAAGAUACAGUCCUGUGGGGUGAAGGAAUGGGCGGUUCUCUGUUUUGGCAGGAUCUCAUUUCAUUGGCACACAGUGUAGGUUUCAGCACUCCACACCUUGUUUCAGCCAGCCAGAUUGAAAUCUACAACAGUGAGCUCAAAGCAAAAGCAGGUGACGUCAGCUAUGCUUCGGGCACUUAUCGGCUCUUUAAACUGCCCCAAAGUCAAGUUGUGUCUGAGGCAACAGUGACAUAUAAAGGAACUGUGGCAGAUUUCCUAGAUCAGCUGGACUUUGAUUCCUCCCACUGCUUCAAGAAAGAUGUGGCAGUGGAGGUAAAUGGAGAGAUGGCAGCAAUCCUCCAGAGAUCCCGUUUCUUGCCGGAUUUCAAAAUCCAGAUAUCAGAUAAACCAUGGUCCAGCUCAGAGUCAACACCACAGUACUGCCACCUCAACCCUUUUCUGCUGGCUGACAAACUGGGAUCCUCAGUGAGACAAUGCUCCAAAACAAGCAUAUAAAGAUGAAGCUGAAGACUAAGUAGAACCGUUGCAAUAAGAUUGUAACAUGUUUUUAGAGUUUAAUUAGAUGAAGUCCAAAACAUUAAAGACUAAUCAUUUGAUGUGCUAAUAGUCAUCUACCUAUUGUGAUAAUAAUAAUAAUAAUAAUAAUAAUAAUAAUAACAAUAGUUAAUAUCAUGGUUCACAGUUGUUUGACAAGAUAAUGCUGUCACAAUAAUAUGAUAGUAAGCAUCCAGAUAGUAAAAUAACAUUUUAUGUAAUUGUUGUAACUUUCUGUGUUUCAACCUACUUCAGUGAGUAAAUGGACAAGACAAAGGUUCUGUGUAAAAGUUCCAAUAAAAGCAUCUUGCCAGCAUUAAUGCUUAGCUGUA